AUGUCCGACGCGGGCCACGACCCUACGCUCUCCGACGACGAAGUCAAUGGACAGACAGCGCCUGCUGAGAAUGCCGACGAGGGCACUCCGCUGAACACUGUCGAAGAAAACGGUCUCGAGGAUGAUGAAGACGACCUGUUUGGUGACGGCGACGACGGCGACGCAGCCGAAGACGCGCCAGCCUCGCCCCGAAAACUCGACGAUGCAGAGCUCGAUUCAGGCGAUGAUGAGGGACGGACGGAUCGCGUCAGGGCACCAGAGGCCGUAGAGGAGGUCGAGCAACAGACAUUCGCAUACAUGGACGCGGACCUGGCGCGGCAUCCCGUUCCUGAACCCACAGACAACGAGCUCUAUCUUCUCAAAGUCCCACGCUUCCUGUCCUUCGAGGACAAGGCAUUCGAUCACAAGACCUUCCAGCCACCCUCCACAGACCAUCACUCCAAGGUCGCCGCGUCCGAACACUUCUCAGCAUACGACACCGCCAUGACCACAGUCCGAUGGCGACGCUCACCCUCAAACAACGCUCUCCUACAGUCCAACGCUCGCAUUCUUAGAUGGUCGGACGGUUCCCUGACCCUCCAGCUUGCGACCGACCCGACGGUCCAGUACGACAUCGACGCGAAUACCCUUGCUCCACCACAAGUGAACCCUAAAAUCCCCACCCCAACGGCUGUCAGAGACGAGAAGAAUGGUAAGACAAGCUCGAAGAAGGAGAGCUACACAUACCUUGUUGCGCCGUACGAGGAAGCGAACGUCAUGCGCGUCACGAACAAGCUUACAGCAUCUCUCAACGUCGUCCCUACAUCAAACACGAAAGACGCCGCGCUGGAGAAACUACAAAACGAUCUUGCCAAGGUUGCAGCAAAGGGCCGAGACGAUGCCGACCAAGCCAUAUCCUUCAUCGACGUAAACGAAGACCCCGAGCUCCGUCGACAACGUGAAGAAGCCACAUUCAAGGAGAAGCAGAGACAACUGCGCGCUCGCGAAAAGCAUGAGGAGCGCCAGAGAGAACGCGCGAACCGUACCAUGGGUCGCAGCGGCGGUCGUGCGGCCGGAGGCCUCGAUAUCGAUGGACUGGAAGACCGCGCAACUCGUAAACAAGGCAAGAAGAGAGGCGGUUUACAGUACGACCUGAGUGACGAUGAAGAUCUUGGUGGUCCAAGGAGGAACAGAGAGGACAGCUACGAAUCAGAGGACGGCUUUGUCGUUAACAGUGACGAGGAACCAGAGAUUGUCAGUGACGAUGAUGAUCCAGAUGAAGGCAUGGCCCCGAGUCCAAAGCGUGCACGGGGUGGUGUUGCGGCAGACGAUGAUGACGACGAUGAGGUUGUCGUUAGCCGGACGAAGCGGAGACGUGUCGUUGACGACGACGAUGAUGAUGAGUAA